AAUUGAGGGGGGGGGGGAGGAGUCUAAAGAGACGACUGGACAUAUGUAAAAAGAGCUUUAUAGCUCAUCGGGUUCCUACAGUGCGGUGUCAAUAUUUUGAUUCUGACAUUUUGUUCGGGAGAACGGGGACAAAUUCCACUGUGUGCCUCCCACCGCCCCCACCACCGAUGCCUUCAAAUUAAACCGGAAAUAUUACAUUUGAUACCGUGACGUUGAAGCGUGCCCUCCCCCAAAGCUCGGGGCCCGAGGCGAUCGCCUCGAUUCACUGCAACCCCCCACUCCCACCGCGAUCUCCUGCUCAAAAUGAGCAUUGGGGGUGCUCGUCUUCCGUUUACAGACCAGAAAUCAACCAGUGGUGAUUGUUUUAUUUACCCCGGAGGUACGAUGGGCUGAAUCAACCUUCCGAACUGGGAUUUCAUCUCGUAACAUUCCGAGCAUCUAACGCUGACUCCCACGUGGCUUUUUAGUUUUUAGUUUUAGAAAACCCCUGCGGGAUGACAGAAGGGUUAUCGAGAAACGGCGGCGUUGUCGUGGCAUCAGAGGAGGGCAGUAGUUAUAGACGUCAUUAGAGAUGACAGAUGAGACAGAUGUGGUGAGAGCAGAGGCACCGGUGAGACACGUGUAGUCAGAUGAGAUGAGAGAGAUCCAGGAGAGACCACUGUUGUGAGAGGAGAGAGAUGUAGACAAGACACAGACUUGCACAAGGUGAGACAAGAGAGAUACAGACAAGAAAGACAUGGGAACCGAUUAAUAAUAUUUUUUUGUUAAUUGCCAAUGUUUAUUGUCAACAUUAGGAUUUCAAUUCGAGCUGGCGUUUGGGUUGGAAAUCCACCGGCUUCUUUGCGCUGCGCGCGCUAACCGCAGCACCACCGCUCCAACAUCACUCCACCACACACACACAGAGAGAGGCACAGUGCGGGGCUUUGUAAACGUCGCUGACAGUCUCUCGGUUUGAGUCGUGAAGCCGUGACUGCGCGCGGCCGCGGCUGCACAGUUGAACGCGGGCACUUGAACGAAGCCUGUCGACUUGACUGAGACAGGAUCAUUUACCAUGACGAGCACAGGGGGAGUGGUGGGAGCGAAUCACCUUCCAUCAACACCGGAGCGAGGAGGUGGAGGUGGUGGUGGUGGUGAUGGUGGAGCGAGAUGCGACGAUGGAGGAGGUGGGGGAGGAGGAGGUGAUGGUGCCGACGAGGUGAGAGAGAGCGUGACAGAGGCGCUGAAUUACCGCAGUGAGUUGCUCCAGCGUCUGCAACAGCUGCACCUCGCCAGCCAGCAGGUGACUGUCAGCGGGGAGCGAACCCUGGCCGCGCUCGAGAGCCACUUUGCCGGGAUCGAGGAGGCGGUGGCGGCGGCGGUGACGGCGCGCAGAGAGGCGCUGUGCGGUGCCGUGCGCGGCAUGGUGAGCGACGCGUCGCUGCCGCUGCGAGAGUGCACGCAGCUCAUCCGCCAGCGGGUGGACGCCGUCGAGGAACUGCUUGCAGAAGGUGAGGCGGCCCUGGCGUCGUCGGGCCCGGAGCAGGAGUCACUCCUCGCGAGCUUCACUCGGAGGUCCCUGCAGGUGCAGCUGGGCAGCCUCCCCGAGGUGCCGGCGCUGAGCGAGGUGGCGUGUGUGCGGGCCUCUCUGGACGGGUCGCUGGGCCCUCGGCUCAGCUCGGUGAUCGCCGCUCACGGCCGCGUUGCUCCGCGCGCUCCCGUGCAGCUGGAGGAGAUGAACGCGCGGCCUGCCGCCGUGCGUGUGCGGUGGUGCAAGGUGGACGAGGAGUUCCCCGUGCAAGAGUACCUCCUCGAGUACUGCCGCGGUCGUACGGAGAACGUAGCGCAGAUGACCAGGGUGUACUGCGGCCCCGAUACCGAGUUCACGGUGGCCCAUCUGGAGCCGCACGCAGACUUCACGUUCCGCGUGGGGGCCCGCGAGGCAGGCCCCGAGGGCCCCAUCGCCUGGAGCGUGCCCGUUACGACCAGCACCCCGCUCCCCGCGCACGAAUGGAGGCCGGACCACGCGGGGUUUGCGCUGAGCGCGCAGAGGGACGUGGCGACGCGGGGCUCGGGGCCAGGGAUCACAGCCCUUUACUCGAGUCGACCCAGCCUUGCCCUCGGUCACUCCGUGAGCUUCAGGGUUGAGCGGGUGGGCCCUCUUGGGUGGGAUGACACCAUUGGGCUCUGCGUGGAGCCCCGAGCCGACGCCAAGUCCCUCCGUUGGAACGGCGCCCUCUGCAUCGCCUCCAACGGUGCCGUGUUCGUGAACGGCAAGGAGAUGACCAACCAGCUGCCCUCUCUGGCCGUCGGCAUGACGGUCACCUUCGGCACCGAGGGCCCGGAGCCCGGCUCCCCCGUGGUGCCUCCGGGGCCUCUGGGGCUGCCGGCAACUCUCCGCGGAGCGCCGCACAGGCUGCGCGUGAGCGUGGCGUGCGCCGAGCGGGAGGUGGUGUCCGAAUGGCUGCUGGAGCAGGCCUGGGAGGUCCUCUACUUCGGCUGCUCCUUCACCCACCCCGGGUGGAGCGUCCUGGUCUUCUGAGCGGAAGCCCCAGCGUUGCUGCCGGCCUCUCGCCGGGGCAGGACGGAGCGCUGUGGCGGGGCCCACGAUAUAUAACGAUCAAAUUCGUCGUUUGAAGGCGAGUGUCACGUUCGUGAUGCCCGCAGCUCGUUGUGUGCGGGAGAUCUAAUUAAUGCAUGAAUUUUCAACGGACGGGAGCGGUGGUGCAGCAGUUUGCUCGCUGCGCUACGAACCCGGCUACCCGAGUUCGAUUCCCGCUCGCGGCCAACACCGGUGACGAUUAUCUGAACCGGUUCUUGGCCUCGCCACGGUUGACUCAUCAUCAAUUGAGUACCUGGUGCGAUAUGUUAACAUUUGUUAGUCGGGAGUCAAUGGCACACACGAAUACACACACACGUUUACGCUAUGUGUAUUUGUGUGUUUCAAUGGGUUAUUUAGAUUCAUUCAAAUAAUUUGCAGUAGAAAAUGUUUAGGCUAAAAGCGCGUCACGUUGGACGUGUUUAACGAUCAUCGAGUGAGCGCGUGCGGCACGGAACAAGUCAAUUUGAAUUGGGAGGAGUAAGUUGGUAAACGUGGAAGGACGCGUGGCAUGGGGGUGGUGGUAGCUCGCGAGGAAUGGAGUCCUGGCGUGUGUACAGUUGUCCGCGCUCCUCGCUGAGGUGGAGGAGGGAACUGUAGUGAAGAGCCAGGGCAUGGCACCUCGAUCCCUGUGAGUUGUCCUUCCCCCGCACCUCCGAUUAGCAUGGUUGGCUACGUACGGCGUGAAAGAAGUUCAACACGCAUGCAAGCGAGAGGGAACGAGGGGGAAAUACGCCAAAACAAGUGACACAACUUGUUUCCAGAGGCUCCUGCUCACAGCUGGAGUAUUCUAGGUGCCUGUGGGUCAUUGUUAAUAAAAUUCAGUUCAAGUAUCUCCAUUGCUGUGGACAUUAUUUCGGUGGGGUUUCCGAGACUCGAAACUAACCGACUGUUGUUGUCCUCUAUGAAGUGCUUCAUCUGCACGGGACAAUUUCCUAGAUCUCCCUUGCAUAGGAGACAUCAGGCCUCAGCUGUCUCUCACCUGUGUCCAGCAAUGAAGUUAGACUGCAACGGACGACGUGACCGAGCGGUCGCGGGUUCAUUGCUCAUUGCAGAGGUCAGGGAUUCGAGCCCAGCUGCCACUGGUUAAUAUUGUGGGUGUAUUGAUGGUUAAUACCGUCGGUGUAUUGAUGGUUAAUACUGUGGGUGUAUUGAUGGUUAAUACCGUGGGUGUAUUGAUGGUUAAUACCGUGGGUGUAUUGAUGGUUAAUACUGUGGGUGUAUUGAUGGUUAAUACCGUGGGUGUAUUGAUGGUUAAUACUGUGGGUGUAUUGAUGGUUAAUACUGUGGGUGUAUUGAUGGUUAAUCCUGUGGGUGUAUUGAUGGUUAAUACCGUGGGUGUAUUGAUGGUUAAUACUUUGGGUGUAUUGAUGGUUAAUGCUGUGGGUGUAUUGAUGGUUAAUACUUUGGGUGUAUUGAUGGUUAAUACUGUGGGUGUAUUGAUGGUUAAUACUGUGGGUGUAUUGAUGGUUAAUACUGUGGGUGUAUUGAUGGUUAAUACUGUGGGUGUAUUGAUGGUUGAUACUGUGGGUGUAUUGAUGGUUGAUACUGUGGGUGUAUUGAUGAUAGCAUUGCGUGGGCCAUCUAUUUCACAGUGGGUGUUCAAGAUUAUGUGAUGUUAUAUAUAAAUAUAUUUUAAACGAGGAGGCCAAUGUGUGCCACUCUUACGGUCCAAAUAAAAAAAAAUCCUAAAAUCA